CACAUAACUCAGAGCUUCGCUCCACGCUCCUUCGUCUUCUUCCGCAGAGGAGGUUUGCCUUUAGGGAGACGGAGAGGUUUCGUUAUCGAGUUGGUUUAGCAGCAGAAGGAAGGUAGAAGGGAUGAUGAAUCAGAACCAGCCACCGAGCGAUGGAAGGCACGACGAUGAUUCGGCUCUCGCUGACUUCCUCGCUUCUCUAAUGGACUAUACCCCCACUAUACCUGAUGAACUUGUGGAGCACUACGUCGCCAAGAGCGGAUUUCAGUGUCCCGACGUGCGAUUAAUCAGGCUAGUAGCUGUUGCUACUCAAAAGUUCAUUUCCGAGGUCGCCACUGAUGCUUUGCAGCAGUGCAAGGCAAGGCAAUCAGCAGCAGUUAAGGAUAAGAGAGAUAAGCAGCAAAAGCAGGAUAAGCGCCUGAUCUUGACAAUGGAGGAUUUAUCCAAGGCACUGCAUGAGUAUGGUGUUAAUGUGAAGCGUCAAGAAUAUUUUGCUGAUAGCCCUUCAGCUGGAAUUGAUCCUGCAUCAAGGGAAGAAUGAGCCAGGUCACACGAAAGUAUUACUGGGAGGAUCUAGUCAUUGUUUUCUUCCCUUUGGGCUUUAAUUGCUAAAUAUAUUCUUCUGUUAAAAAUGUAUUGGUUACAGAGUUUGUAUCUUUUAUGCCAUGUUACAGAAUUGCAGGGAGGCGUAGAUUUUUUUACCCCCAUGUUUCUCUUUCCUAAUAUCCCUAGAGGAUCUAUUUCUUACUUUGGUUGUGUUCUAGUGUGCAUGUAUUUUUCUC